AUGACUGACGACUCUAGCAUACGGCCACGGCUUGCUGAUCAGUCUUACCGUUUAGACUCGUUCCAGGAGCCUUGUAGCAUCAAAAGCACGGCUACUCCUGAACCAUCUCCUGCCAUCGACCAGCAAGCGAUCCUUGAGGAUACAGCCGUUCAGGGCCGGUCUAGUACUCGAGAAGACCUCCGGCAGAGCUUCUUCGGAUCUAUCCUGAACAGCCGACACUUUCGACAUGCAAUACAUCGCGACUCCACACCAACCCCAAGUAACAAUGCCGCUGUGCCGGUGGAGCGUAUGCAAGAUGAGCUGCCACAGAUCACUGGAACCAGGAGUGAACAGCCGUCUUCACGCGUUGAAAGACCUCGAAAAGUCCGGUUUACUGCUGCCAACAGCUUAAAAAGCCCACCAGGAGGCACCGAUGGCACUGUAGAUCGGGUCUUGAGACGAGGGCAGCGCAGCAAAUUUACGGGGGCUAUAUUCAUCCACGCCGGCGCCGGGUUCCAUAGCCAUCAGAACGAGCGUGUUCACCUCGAAGCUUGUAAUGACGCAGCAACUAUGGGCAUGAAGUUUCUCAGAUCUGGUGCGUCGGCUACUGAGGCUGUUGAAGCUGCUCUCCGUGUCCUGGAAGACAAAGAAAUCACCAACGCUGGCUAUGGCUCCAACCUAUCCAUAGAGGGAACAGUAGAGUGCGAUGCAACUAUUGUCGACUAUCUCGGACGAAGCGGUGCCUGCGGAGCUGCGCCGAAUGUUCGAAACCCUAUUUGUUUAGCAAAGCUUAUACUCGACAAAAGCAACCAACCUUUGACUUUAAGACGGGUUCCGCCAAACAUUCUCGUCGGAGCAGGAGCCAAGGGGUUUGCCUCAGAGCAUGGCAUGCAGACUGUGCCCAAUGAUAGCUUGAUUUCCAAGAAUGCUCGGGAUCGGUUUCUUCGAUGGCAGGACGAUCUCCUGCGAGCGGAAGAGAAGCUGAAGCAGGAUGAGUCCUGUCGAGCUCAAGGCGUGAGUGCUUCCGUCACUGACGUCGCUGCUUGCCUCCAGUAUGAGACUGGAUCGAACGUCGCAAGCGACCAAACCCGUGCCGGAAAUUCGCAGCAAAGGGAUCAUGCCAACGCAAUCCUUACUGGUACAUGGAACGAAGGCCAGCCCGACUCACCAUACCGCGGUUCUCCGGCCCUUGAAAAAGCUCAUGGCCAGUUCUCGGUUCCUUCGGUUCCUGGCCAUGGUCUAUCCCGUGUAUCACCAGCACCGGGCGAGAGGAGCCCCUUGAGUUAUGUCGGCGCGAUGCAAGGGGCGUCAACUUCCCCCAAACGCCAUCACCCUAGCGCCAGCCAUGGAAAUCCGCCUGUGCCAUCUUCGCACCCCGCGCUUAGGGGACACGGAGAUGGUGGAAGAUCUCCGCAGCCUUUGGUAGCGUUAGUUCAGAUGGAUGUUGGUCAGACAGCGACGCGACACCUCAAUAGCCCUCGUGGUUCUAAGCGACCAUUCCCCUUCCCACAAGAUGCAGACGAUGACUCACCGCCGUUGGACAUGAUCACUGACACUAUUGGUGCCAUAGCCAUUGAUGAUGCAGGUCAUAUUGCCGCUGGUUCCUCGUCAGGUGGUAUCGGCAUGAAGCACUGCGGGCGGCUUGGUCCAGCCGCUUUGGUGGGCAUUGGCACUGCCGUUGUUCCCAGUGAUCCAAGCGAUCCGGAAGGCAUAUCCGUUGCAACCGUCACCAGCGGCACAGGUGAGCACAUGGCGACCACCAUGGCAUCUCAGAGGUGCGCCGAGCGGAUUUACAGCGGUACGCGUCGCGGUGUGCACGGCCGGGAUGUUCAAGAAGACGACGAGGACCUCAUUAUGGAGUCUUUCAUCACCAAUGAUUUCAUGGGACACCCAGGUGUCCGGAAUUGCAACUCUGUGGGAGCGAUUGGGGUCAUGACGGUGAAGAAGACGCGCGCUGGGUACUACCUCUACUUUGCACACAACACCGAUUCCUUCGCGCUGGCUUCCAUGGGCGGUGCCGACAAGGAGCCUCAAUGUGUCAUGUCCCGGCUUGGUAACACCGAGCAGGUGACCCGUGGGGCGCGCAAGAUUUCUGUCGGAGGGUAG